UUUGCAGACAGAGAGAAAAGAGAUGGCGGUGCAGCCUGGUGGUUCCAAGUCGAAAUCGAGCAAGAGAGACACUGACACAGUUCACUCUCCCCUCGUCACCUAUGCUUCCAUGAUUUCUCUCCUCACACUCUGUCCUCCAUUUGUCAUUCUCUUAUGGUACACCAUGACACUUGCUCAUGGAUCUCUUCUCCAAACCUUUGAUUACUUGAGCCAAAACGGGCUACAGGGCUUCCUACUUAUAUGGCCCAAGCCCACUGCCACUGCUUGCAAAAUCAUCGCCAUCUACGCUGCUUUUGAAGCAGCGCUUCAGCUUCUUCUCCCCGGCAACACCGUUUACGGCCCUAUUUCCCCAACCGGCCACCGCCCUGUCUACAAGGCAAAUGGUGUCGCAGCUUAUUUAGUCACCUUGGUUACUUAUAUUGCCCUUUGGUGGUUUGAGAUUUUCGACCCCACUAUUGUUUAUGAUCGUUUGGGGGAAAUAUUUUCAGCGCUUAUCUUCGGGAGCUUUGUCUUCUGUGUUUUCUUAUACAUAAAAGGUCAUUUGGCACCAUCUUCCACAGAUUCAGGCUCUUCUGGAAACAUAAUCAUUGAUUUUUACUGGGGUAUGGAGCUCUAUCCACGCAUAGGAAAAUAUUUUGACAUAAAAGUUUUCACAAACUGCAGAUUCGGAAUGAUGUCAUGGGCUGUUCUUGCAUUGACCUACUGCAUAAAGCAGUAUGAAGAAAAUGGAAAAGUAGCUGACUCAAUGCUUGUAAAUACUGCAUUAAUGCUGGUAUACAUUACCAAGUUUUUCUGGUGGGAAGCUGGAUAUUGGAACACAAUGGAUAUUGCACAUGAUCGAGCUGGAUUUUAUAUUUGCUGGGGUUGCUUGGUGUGGGUUCCAUCAGUGUAUACAUCUCCUGGAAUGUACCUUGUCAACCAUCCUGUAUAUCUUGGCACCCAGCUAGCAGUCACAAUUUUAGUAGCUGGCAUUCUUUGCAUAUACAUCAACUAUGACUGUGACAGGCAAAGGCAAGAAUUUCGUAGGACAAAUGGAAAAUGCACGGUCUGGGGAAAAGCUCCAUCAAAGAUAGAGGCCUCAUAUACUACUACUGCUGGGGAAACUAAAAGAAGCCUUCUUUUAACCUCUGGAUGGUGGGGAUUAUCUCGUCAUUUUCAUUAUGUCCCUGAAAUAUUAGCUGCUUUCUUCUGGACAGUCCCGGCUCUUUUCAAUCAUUUUUUGCCUUACUUCUACGUGAUAUUUCUUACCAUUCUUCUCUUUGAUCGAGCAAAACGAGACGAUGAUCGAUGCAGAUCCAAGUAUGGCAAGUUCUGGAAGUUAUAUUGCGACAAGGUACCUUACAGAAUCAUUCCAGGAAUGUACUGACGAUGGCUUGUCUGGAAUAUACUGAAGAAUGAUUAUUGCGGCAAUGUACCUUAAAGAAUCAUUCCAGUACCACUUGGUCUUGGCUUUUAUGCCCAUCUGAAAACUAAGGACGCCAUCUGUAGCUUUAUGUUAUUUACCGCUUUUGCUUGGUUACGUAGACUUUCGCCCAGAACAAAUUAAUUAUUGAACCAGAUUUUUUAAGCUAAUGUCGCCACUCGAUUUUGGCUUCAGCUGUGUUCAUUUCUUUAUCUAUGAAGUCAAAAUCGUCUCUUUCUGGCUGCUAAUGACUUCUGAGAAAGGUGUAUUGGUACAA